CGCUGUCUCCUAUGGACACAGCUGAUUACAGGAUGUGGUAAAAGGCCAAUCACAGCAGCCUUUUACCAUGUGAUCAGCCGUGUCCAAUGACACAGCAGAUCACCGCAAUUGUCAGAGGAUGGAUCGGCACCGAUCAUCAGGGCACUGAUGAUCAGUGCCCAGCAGUGCCACCACCAGUGCCCAGCAGUGACACCCACCUGUUCCCAAGUGACACCCACCUGUUCCCAUCAGUGCCACCCACCUGUGCCCAUCAGUGCCAUUCACCUGUGCCC